GAAAUCGGCGAAGUGACCAACAAUGGCCGUUUCUCCAUUUUUCCUCUCAUUUCUCUCACUCUUCUCCCUCCUUUCUCUUCCCGUUUCCGCCGCCGCCUCCGAUGCCUACCCUUCCAUUCCCGGAACAGCUCCUGUCGACGGAGGUUUCGCCGAUGAACUCAAGCCCAUCCGCCGUGAGGUAUACGGCGAAGGUAAAAUCUUCGACAUCAGUCACCGUUACACGUCGGAUAUGCCGUCGUGGGACUCAUCGGAAGGACUCGGACGGUUUCUCUGGUUAGCUGCGAGUAUGAAGAACGGAUCUCUCGCUAACAACUCGGAGAUGAAGAUCCCGACGCACACUGGUACUCACGUUGAUUCUCCUGGCCACGUCUACGAUAGCUACUACGACGCUGGUUUCGAUGUAGACUCGCUUGAUCUCCAAGUCUUAAAUGGUCCUGCGUUGUUGGUUGAUGUUCCCAGGAAUAAGAACAUAACUGCCGAUGUCAUGAAAUCUCUUCACAUUCCAAAAGGAGUUCGUCGUGUGCUUUUCAGAACGUUGAACACUGACAGGCGUCUUAUGUUCAAGAAAGAGUUUGAUACAAGCUAUGUCGGAUUCAUGAAGGAUGGUGCGCAAUGGUUGGUAGACAACACAGACAUCAAACUUGUCGGUAAUUUAUCAAGGAUUGAUUAUCUAUCAGUAGCUGCAUAUGAUGAUCUGAUUCCAUCCCACCUAGUAUUCCUAAAAGGCCGGGAGACGAUACUUGUGGAGGGAUUGAAGCUGGAUGAUGUGAAGGCAGGACUCUACUAUGUCCAUUGUUUACCUCUAAGACUUGUUGGAGCAGAAGGAUCUCCAAUCCGUUGCAUCCUCAUGACUUGAGUUUCUGACUAUGCGACCAAAUGUGGAGAUUGCAGUAGGUAGCAAUAAGAGAGGUGCAGAGAAGACUAAGUUGAGGAGAAUUAAGCACUUGAGAAAAAGUCAACAAGAAGAUUUUAAUGUAUGUACUUAAGAUAAGAUCUGAACCUUGACUAGAUAAAUAAAUAAAAAAAUCUUAAUCUGACGAUGUUCCAAUUUAUUUACUUAAAGAUAAAAUUUCCCUUCU